AAAGAGGGCUGCUUCUCUCCUUUCUCUCUCCCUCUCCUCGUCUGCAAAGCUUAUUAAAGCAUCUUUCACAUAUCCUGAUAGUACAACUUGGACCGAAGCAGGACUAAUAAGGGUCUAUAGCAAGGCUACUCGUUAUGGCGCAGCAGCAAGCACUUUUACUGUACGAUUUUGAAGGUGACACUGAGUCCGGGGAACUCUCCGUCAGAGAAGGAGAUAAAGUGACAGUGUUGAACAAAGCUGUUGGUGAUGGCUGGUGGGAGGUCCAGAUUGGAGAUCAGAUUGGUUUAGUUCCAGAGUCAUACUGUCAGGUGGAAGGUGAAGAGGAUGGUGGUAUGGGUAUGAACCAUGAUGAAGGUAAUCCCGAUGAAGAUUGGCAAGAAGAUGAUUGGGAUGACAAUGAUCCAGAAGAAUCAGUGAGGAGUAAAGCAGUUGGCAACAGUGUAGAAACUGAAGCUACUAAUGAUCAGGCAUCAAGUGGAGGUCAGAGGUCAGUCUCACCAGGACAACAAAGUGGAUCAAUCGCCGGGAGACACGGAACUGUCAAGAAAAACAUAAACAGAUUUUCUCCAUUCGUUAAAACUGGUACCGAAGGAUUUAUUUUGGGUAGUGUAUCUGUGAGGAGAGCCAUCACAGACCAGACUGUCAAAGUUGUUCAAUCAGAAGACGGUUCGCCUAUGUGGGAGCCGAACCCUAAUCCUUAUAGUGUCAAUGUAUCUAAUCCUCAGAAGAAGAGCAAGUUCAAGGGAAUCAAGUCAUUCAUUGCUUAUGAAAUAACCACAUCAAAUGGCGAUCGUCCUGUUAGCAGGAGAUACAAGCAUUACGACUGGCUUCAUGAGAGACUCGCCAUUAAGUUUGCUUUUUUCAGCGUCCCACCACUUCCUGACAAGCAAUAUUACGGUCGUUAUGGAGAAGACUUUGUGGAGAAGAGAAGAGAAAAGUUGCAAAUGUGGACAAACAGGAUUGCAAGGCAUCCUGUCAUAUCUCGCUCUGACGUAUUUCAUCACUUCCUUGCCUGCCCUGAUGAAAAGGAAUGGAAAGCUGGUAAGAGAAAAGCAGAGAAAGAUGAAGUGACCAAUGGUGCCCUCUACUUGACUCUUGAGCACACAAUGACUAGUGAAAUAUCGGAAGCAGAAAAGACUGUCGAGCAUUUUUCCAUCUUCCUCCAGUCAAUGGAGGAGAGCCUUACCAAGAUGAAGGCAAAGUUCAUUGACCACUGCAAUAAAAUGUCUGGACCUUUUAUGGCUGAGCAUCACAGAAUGGCAGCUGUAAUCACAGGACUGGGCCAUUGCUUUGAGAUGGUGAAUAAAGAAUACUCAAUGCCAUUAACAAGGGCCAUCAACUACACUGCUGACAUGUACAAGCAAAUAGGAGAUCUUUACAAUAAUCAACCUAAAUAUGACAUGCUGCCUGCUAUGGAUGUGCUAAAGGAGUAUCUUGGGCUCAUUCAAGAGUUUCCCGACGUUCAUGACAUCCACAAAGGCGCAGCGAGUAAAGUCAGGGACUGCGAAAGAAUGAAAGAGGAAGGACGGAUUGACUUUAUGGAGGCAAGUGACAUUACCGCUCGCUCCGAGAAAGUCUCCUCCAUAGUACUAGCAGAGGUAUAUCAUUUCCAGAGAGAGAGAGUCGUGGAUUUCCGUGAAAUGAUGAAAGCAAUGCUCCAGGCACAGAUCAACUUCUAUAAAGAGAUAACAGGAAAGUUAGAGAGUGCCUUAUCUGGAUUUGAUGAAAGCACUGAUCUGUAGUUAGCCCAUCACAUUCGGUUCUUAUUAUCUCUACAGCAAAUUAUAAUACCACUCUAUACCAGAAAGCAAAAUUUGAUAUUAUUAUUAUUAUUAUUAUUAUUAUUAUUACUAACUGAGAUACGCAUUAAAGCAUUAUUUAUAUUAUUAUUUCACCAAUUUUCACUGCACUGAGUAUUGAUCAUGCUUUAUUACUUAAUUAUUAUUAUUAUUAUUAUGAUGUGUAGCUUUUCUGUUUGUUUAUUUUACAUAAUUACUGCUUUUAGUGUAUUGGUAAGUAAUGUCUUCCAUGUUUAUCAUUGCUCCCUCUUCUGUUUCUCUUUAUCAGUUCAAUUGUGUGACCACACUAA